AUGGCCUCCCCAUCAUACCCCCGCCCGGAUUUCCAGCGCCCCAACCUGAGCUGGACAUCCCUCAACGGCGCCUGGGACUUCUACUUUGACGAUGAGGACGCCGGCCUGGGCGAGAACUGGCAUCUCACCUCGCCGCCCUCCUCGCUGAAGCGCACCAUCCAGGUCCCCUACGCCUUCCAGACGCCCGCCUCGGGUAUCAACGAGCGCGCAGCGCACGAGGUGCUCUGGUACUCGCGCACCAUCAGGGACAUCCGCACCGACGAGGCCAGGAAGAGAGGCGACCGCCUGCUCCUCCGCUUCGGCGCCGUCGACUACGAGUGCCAGGCCUGGGUGGGCGGGACCCCCGUGGGCGGCCACAGGGGCGGCCACGUCCCCUUCGACCUGGACGUCUCGGGCGCCGUCCCCGAGGGCGGCGGCGAGGCCACGCUGACGCUGCGCGUGAGGGACUCGCCCUACGACCUGACGCAGCCGCGCGGGAAGCAGUACUGGGGCCCGGAGCCCGAGAGCAUCUUCUACACGCCCAGCAGCGGCGUCUGGCAGAACGUGUGGCUCGAGGCCGUGCCUGCCACGCGCAUCGCGAACAGCAGCGAGGGCACUGUGUUGCGGUCGAAUGAUAUCAGGAGCGGUGUGUUGCAUGCGCGGGUGGCGGUUGUGGGACGGAAGGUCCAGGCGCCGACUUCGGUCGAGAUCACUGCUUCGUUCCUGGGGCUUGAGGUCGGCAAGGUGAAGGGGGACCUCCCCAAGGACAGGGAGUACGCCAACCUGGACCUGUCCCUGCGCCUGCCGGCGGGUGAGUUCAACCGGGUCGCCGGGACGCUGGCCGAGGACCAGAGCGUGUGGCGGGACAAGCUGGCGCUGUGGUCGCCCGAGCACCCGCUUCUCUACGACCUGACCAUCAAGCUGUAUGACGGCUCGGGCAAGGCCGUGGACGAGGUGCAGACCACGACGGGGAUGCGCAACAUCGACUGGCAGCGCGGCGACAGCACCUUCCGGCUUAACGACAGGCCCAUCUUCCAGUCGCUCUGCCUGGACCAGGGGUACUGGCCUGACACGUUCAUGACCCCGCCGUCGGCGGACGCGCUGAAGGAGGACAUCGAGCUGUCCAAGAAGAUGGGUUUCAACGGCUGCCGUAAGCACCAGAAGGUGGAAGACCCGGUCUUCUUCUACUGGGCCGACCGUCUGGGCUACCUGGUCUGGGGCGAGAUCGCCAACGCGUACGAGUUCAGCGACGAGUACGUGUCGCGCUUCAACCAAGAGUGGACCGAGUCGGUAAAGCGCGACAUCAACCACCCGUCCAUCAUCGCCUGGACGCCGGUCAACGAGAGCUGGGCCUACCCCAAGCUGACGGCCAACUCGCAGGAGGGCAUCGACCAGCGCAACCACAUCCGCCAGCUGUACUACCUGACCAAGACGCUGGACCCGACCCGGCCCAUAAACGACAACUGCGGCUGGGAGCACGUGGUGACCGACAUGAGCACGUUCCACGAGUACGCCGAUGGGCCUGAGGUCGAGCGGAUUUGUUCUACGCUGCCGAGUAUCUUGCACAGGCUGACGGGCGAGCCCGAGGGCAGGCCGAUGUUCGUACCGGCCGUGUAUGGUCCGAAUGCGGCGGUGCUCGACCCGGCGACGCUGCACAAGUCUGGCGCGCCGGUGCUCAAUACCGAGUUUGGCGGUGUCAACAUCGCGCCGGCGGACAACAAGGGCACGGGGAAGAAGUUCAGCACUGAGGACUGGGGGUACACCACCGCCAGCGACCCUGAGGACCUGUUGAAGAGGAUCGAGAAGCUGGCGAUUGGGGUUGUCCAUGCUGGGCACUGCAGUGGGUUUGUGUACACUCAGCUGACGGACAUCGAGCAAGAAGUCAACGGAGUUUACUCGUUCCACCGCAAGGCCAAGAUCGACCCGACGAGGAUGAAAGCCAUCUUCGACAAGGCGGCAAAGCUCUACUUGGAUGGGGUGCAGGACGACAAGAAGUGGGAGGUCUCUGCAAGCGGUGCAGAACUGCCAAUCUCGUCAUAA